GAAUACGCGCCAUUGCAUUUGGCUGGGUUUUGAAUGCGAGUUUGUAUUCGUUUAGCAGACGCGCUUUUUUUAUUUUUUUUAAAUGAAUUCGGUUUUUAGGCUGUAUCUUAUGGCCGUUUCCAGCAUCGGAUUAGCACGCUUUUGCAGCUGAUACCUUCACCUACGGAGGUUUUUCUGCGCGGUUCUGUUGUGUUAGACAUGAUGAUGAUGGACUCGCUUCCUGCAGCUUGGGAUUCUGUCACGUCGGCGCUGAUGUCCCCGAUGUCCUCCUGCACUCUUUCAGAGGAGGCUCUCUCAGAGGCGCUGGACCUGCUCUCGGGUCACAGCCUAGCACAGUGUGUGGAGGGCUGGCUCCUGGAGACCAUGCAGGUGCGACUGACUGCUGCCGUGGCCCCCGAAUUCUGGGCAGGUUUGGAGCAGCCGGAGAAUGAGGUGGAGGAGAGGGACCGGGCUAGGGUGCUCCUCAGGGCAUUUCGAACCCUCCUGGUCCGGCUGGAGCCUUUCCUAGGAGGGCUGGAGCGACUGGGGACUUGGCAGGAAGAAGGCCGGGGGGGACUGAGUGGCCCCGGGUCUCGUGGCCUCCGGGAGAGGGCCCUGUCCGUCAUCCGUGCAGUCCUGCUCUUCUCACCUCCAGCUGUGCUUCAGGAUCGAGUGUUGGAAUUUUACAGCCGCACGUUUGCUGUGCACAUGAGCCGGGAGGGUGAAACAGAAGGGGAGACCGAGGAGAGAGCCCACCCCUCAGAUGGAGGCCUCUGUUCAGGGUGUGCUGUGCCAGUGGAAGAAUGCUGGUGUCAGGAGGCCCUGGAACAGCUGGAGGAGCUAAGCCACAUACUCUCCAGACUGCAACUCCUGGAGAGAGUGAGCUCAGAGGCAGUCACUAAUAUCCUCCACCGGCUCAUCGAGCAGAGGAUGGAGCAGCGCUGCAGGGGAGAGUACGAGAAUUCCUUCCUGUCUGACUUCCAGGAGUGGUUGGAACAUGUGCUGGGCUGGCUGAGCAGGGUAUUUGUGAGUGAGGCAGGAGGUUCAAGUGUCAGAGCUGCAUUAGGCAGUCCAACAGGCCAGCCAGGCAACACGGUCCUGCAACGCUGGAGAUGCCACAUGCACCAGUUCUUCUGCAGGAUCUAUGUCAACAUGCGGAUCGAGGAGCUCUUCAGCAUCAUCCGUGAUUUCCCUGAAUCCAAGCCCGCCAUUGAAGAUCUAAAGUUCUGUUUAGAACGAACCAAUCAGAGACAGCAGUUGCUUACCUCUUUGAAAUCCGCCUUCGAGACGCGUCUCCUUCACCCAGGGGUGCACACAUCUGACAUCAUCACUGUGUACAUCUCAGCCAUCAAGGCCCUGCGGGAGCUUGACCCUUCGAUGGUCAUCUUGCAGGUGGCGUGUCAGCCAAUCCGCAAGUACCUCAGGACACGGGAGGACACUGUGCGCCAAAUUGUGGCGAGCCUUACAGGGGACACAGAAGGGUGCAGCGACCUUGCUAACGAGCUCUCCCGCACCGAUCCCGUCACCCUGGAGACGCAGGACAGCGAGGACGAAGGGAGUGACCCCGAGGAGUGGACCCCUGACCCGACAGAUGCUAUCACAGACAAAACAGGCUCAAAGCGCCGCUCGUCUGACAUCAUCAGUCUCCUUGUCAGCAUCUAUGGCAGUAAAGAGAUCUUUAUAGAUGAAUACCGGACCGUUCUGGCAGACCGGCUUCUCCAUCAGCUGAACUACAACACAGCCAGGGAGAUCCGUAAUGUGGAGCUGCUGAAGCUCAGGUUUGGCGAGUCACACAUGCACUACUGCGAGGUCAUGCUGAAGGAUGUGGCAGACUCAAGGAGGAUCAAUGCCAACAUCCGUGAGGAGGAGUCACGCCUCCCAGAGGAGGAGCAGCCACCCUUGGCCCUGUCAGCCAUGAUCCUCUCCUCCGAGUUCUGGCCCACGCUGAAGGAGGAGAAACUGGAACUCCCCCCACUGGCCUCAAAAGCCAUGGAAGUGUACACUCACCGCUACGAGAAACUGAAGGCCAUGCGGACCCUCAGCUGGAAGCCUCAUCUCGGAUCAGUCACGCUGGACAUAGAACUGGAGGACCGCACCCUAACAAAUCUGUCUGUGUCGCCCAUCCAUGCGGCCAUCAUCCUACACUUUCAGGACAAGAGCUCCUGGUCCCUGGAGGAGCUCAGCACAGUGCUUGGUGUGCCCCAGGAAAUGGUGCGCAGAAAACUGACCCUAUGGCAGCAGCAAGGGGUGUUGCGGGAAGAGGCAGGGGGUCGGUACACCGUUGUCGAGACUUGUGCCUCGAGAGAGCGACCUGAGAGGAGCGUGCUGCUGAUCGACAGCGAUGAGGAGGGCGACUCGAACACCACCACACAAUCAGAGCAGAGAGAGGAGAAGCUCCAGCUCUUCUGGGCUUACAUCCAGGCCAUGCUAACCAACCUGGAAACCAUGACUCUGGAGCGGAUCCACUCCAUGCUGCGCAUGUUUGUAGCCACAGGGCCUGUGGUGACUGAAAUGGACGUCAAUGAGCUACAGGCCUUUCUGCAGAAAAAAGUGCGAGAUCACCAGCUCAUUGUGUCUGGGGGUGUCUAUAGGCUACCAAAGUCAUCACACUGAGGGAGGAAAGAUAGUAAGGUGGGAGGUUUGUGGUCAGAAAUAGAAAGAAUGUCAAUCAAAAUUUUUUGUAUUCAUCUGGAAUUAGCAUUUGGUAUGUUUGCAUUCUGCUGGGAUCGUAACAGACAUAAGGUACAGAGAAAGGGAUUUUGAAGGAAAUAAAUAAAUGUUUAAGCAGAAA